AUGGCUUCGGUUCCAUUCAUUCUUCCUAAGCCUGAUGGUGACGUCUAUGGUCCUGAUGGUUUCAUGUGCACUAUUCGCGCUGUGUAUCCAAAAGCGCAGUUCAUGCUGCACGUUCUGCCUAUUCUCGUUGCAUCCAUCCUUUCCGCAAUCUUCUACUCCAUCAUCUAUCUCGCCCUGCGUGGGACGCUCGCAGUCAAGGGCGGUGUCAAACUCAGCCUCGAUCCUCAUGAGCGCUGGACAGUCGCUGCCAGUGAUAAUUAUCAGCGGUUCAUCGCCCGUAUUGCCAGCAGCGUCGUCAAUGUGUUCCUAUUCUACAACACCUUCCGAGUUCUCGAGCCAGCCUUCGAGGGUACCUCGUACGCCACCAGUCACCGGGAUGUCGAGAAAUCUGGAUUCUACGACAAUUCCUUUGGCCCUCAAAUUGAAGAGAAGAAGGCGUCGCCAUUCCACCUCCCUACGUACGUUCACCAGAGGAGGGCCAGCACGAAGAGCAACACUUCGUCAGAGCGGUUGCUAUCUUUCCACGGCAAGAGUUCCAGUCAAAGCAGUCUAGGAAGUUCCCGAGGAUCUAGCCCUCGUGGAUACGGUCGCGGAGACAUCCUCGCCAGCCCCCAGCCAGCACUGCAAAGGGCCGAGGUGGUAGCGCACUCGCACAAGAGUUCAGUGUCCUCCGAUGGCUACAACAGUCCGUCCCAAUUGUUCCGCUCCUUGCCUGAGAGGCAUCGGUAUUCACCCUCUACGGGUUCGAAUUCGUCGCCAAGAGCGUCACCCACCCAAGUCCCUGGGGGUUUGUGGCGAUCGGAUUCAUGGUCGUCAAGCGACCAUUUUGAGACCGUAACACCUCUUCGACCCGCGCCAUCCUCUGACGACCGUUAUUACGGCGUUGGAACUACAACUUUGAGUGCAUUUGGAGCACCUUUUGGCCGAUCACCUCCCCGUUCCCCUCCUCGCCAACUAACCCUUCUCGGGGAUCGAACACCCUCUCCUCCGACCGGCGCUACCAUCUCAAGACUUCCCAGCAGCCAGUCACAAAAUACGAGUCCACGGCAACGACCUUUCCUUCUGACUGGCAGUCUCGACAAUGAUGACUAUACUCCGUCUGCCUAUACCAACCCCCGUACCCCUCCCGUUCCCAGUGCCUUGACUUCUCGCCGAUAGAGACGUUUCGAGACCUGUCCCGUGACAUUGCCUGCUGUCGCUUCUCCGUCCUCUUUUCAAGCUGUUUUUCGUUCGAGUGCGUCGCCUGUGCUUGCAAGGCGAACACUUACCAUUUACUUACCUGUUUACUAUGUACUUAAGACUUGAUCGUGCGUUUUUUUGCUUUCUCGUUCGUCGUGCGGUCGAGUACCAAUUUUAUAUUCAAUGUUGAACAUAUCACUCUCGUUACCAUCACCUCCCAAUGCAUAACGCAUCUGC